GACUCGAUAGCCGGAAGUCAUCCUGACUGCGGCUGGGUCUCCCAAGGCCGGUCCAGACAGCAGUCUGCUCCAGGUGGCCACCAGGAUGGCAAAUUGUCCUUCGCUGGAGGAGCUGGUGCGACUUCAAGGAGAGCGUGUGCGGGGCCUCAAGCAGCAGAAGGCCAACGCCGAGCAGAUCGAGGAAGAAGUGACAAAACUCCUGAAACUGAAGGCACAGCUGGGCCCUGAUGAAAGCAAACAUAAGUUUGUGCUCAAAACCCCCAAGGGCACAAGAGACUACAGUCCCCGGCAGAUGGCAGUUAGGGAGAAGGUCUUUGAUGUAAUCAUCCGCUGCUUCAAACGCCAUGGUGCAGAAGUGAUCGACACACCUGUGUUUGAACUAAAGGAAACCUUGACUGGAAAGUAUGGAGAAGACUCUAAGCUUAUCUAUGACCUGAAGGACCAGGGUGGGGAGCUGCUGUCCCUGCGUUAUGACCUCACUGUUCCUUUUGCUCGGUAUUUGGCAAUGAAUAAGCUGACCAACAUUAAACGCUACCACAUAGCAAAGGUGUAUCGGCGGGAUAACCCAGCCAUGACCCGUGGCCGGUACCGGGAAUUCUACCAGUGUGAUUUUGACAUUGCUGGGCAAUUUGACCCUAUGAUCCCCGAUGCAGAAUGCUUGAAGAUCAUGUGUGAGAUCCUGAGUUCACUUCAGAUAGGAGACUUCCUGGUCAAGGUCAAUGACCGGCGAAUCCUAGAUGGGAUGUUUGCCAUCUGUGGUGUUCCUGAUAGCAAGUUCCGUACCAUCUGUUCCUCAGUGGACAAGCUGGACAAGGUGUCCUGGGAGGACGUGAAGAGUGAGAUGGUGGCAGAGAAGGGUCUUGCACCUGAGGUGGCCGACCGCAUUGGGGACUACGUCCAGCAACAUGGUGGAGUGUCCCUGGUAGAACAACUGCUCCAAGAUCCUAAACUGUCCCAAAACAAGCAGGCCUUGGAAGGUCUGGAAGAUCUGAAGCUACUAUUUGAGUAUCUAACCUUGUUUGGCAUUGCUGACAAGAUCUCCUUUGACCUAAGCCUUGCUCGAGGUCUGGACUACUAUACUGGGGUAAUCUAUGAAGCCAUGCUGCUACAGACCCCAGCCCAGGCAGGGGAAGAGCCCCUGGGUGUGGGCAGUGUGGCUGCUGGAGGGCGCUAUGAUGGGCUGGUGGGCAUGUUCGAUGCCAAAGGGCGCAAGGUUCCCUGCGUGGGGCUCAGCAUUGGAGUGGAACGAAUCUUCUCUAUUGUGGAGCAGAGACUGGAGGCUUCAGAGGAGAAGGUGCGGACCACAGAGACACAGGUGCUUGUGGCAUCUGCACAGAAGAAGCUACUAGAAGAGAGACUGAAGCUUGUCUCAGAGCUAUGGGAUGCUGGUGUCAAGGCCGAGCUGCUCUACAAAAAGAACCCAAAGUUACUGAACCAGCUGCAGUACUGUGAGGAAGCAGGCAUCCCACUGGUGGCCAUAAUUGGUGAGCAGGAGCUCAAGGACGGGGUCAUCAAGCUGCGUUCAGUGGCCAGCAGGGAAGAGGUGGAUGUCCGGAGAGAAGACCUUGUGGAGGAAAUUAGAAGAAGAACAAGCCAGCCUCUCUGCAUCUGCUGAGCCAAGCAAACUGUCAGAGGAAGGUGGGACUGAUACUAUUUGAGGCUAAAACUGCAUUUGUGCUUAAACAGUUUUGCACACUUUUGUUCCAGCAAGAAGACCUGAAGAGUGGUCAGAACAAAGACUUUUUUAUUUUUAUUAUGAUUGGCAGAUGACUAGGUACUACACAACUUUCUGCAGAACGCCAUGGGUAAUUAGGCCAGUCCGCCUCCUGAACUACGUGGACAGGCCUAACAUCGUCUCAUCCCCAGAGCCCCAUUCCAACAGAACAGAUGCCCUCCUACCAUACAUUUCGCCAAAGAUCCAAUAAAAUGCCUCAACCUUUGAA